AUGACAAUAGAAGCAGAAGAAAUAUUAUUCUUUAAAAUAUUUAGAUUCAAACCCAUUCAAAGAUUGAUAUUCAAUGAGAUACCAGAGAUUCACAGAUCGUUAGGUACUGAAGGUAUAUCAUGGGAAAAGUUAUAUUGUCAUCCUCUCAUCAUGUAUGAACACAAAUAUUUCGAUAGGAUGAAAGAUGUUGUGUCGAGAUUACCUCUGAAUGAAAUUUGCUCGGUUGGGUAUUCAUUUAUGAAACUAUGGCCAUCGGUUAUUUUCGAUGGACACUAUGAAUUGGCUGAUUACAUUUACUCCUACAUAAGUCGAAGAGUCUAUGACCAGUGGAUGAAGGAAGAUAUCCGUCGGAUCUAUUAUGAAACGUUCGAGGAGGUUGUAAAACGAAAUAGGAUCGAUCAUAUCAAGGCGAUGGAUAGAGAUUAUAAGUUGGCUACUCAGUCUCAUCGUAAUAAGAAAUACACUUUGAGUCAACCUGUCAAAUCAAUUAUCAUCGUUGCAAAGCAUGGUUUCGUUGAAGGUUUCGAUUAUUUUCUCACGAAAUACGAGUAUGACGACAUCACAUUCGCUAUGAUCAUAGCAUUGGAAAACAAUCACCACGGUGUUAUUCAGUGGGUAUGUCAGAAUAGACCGAAAACGAGAAAAUGGAAGCUGAAUUGCAUUCUUCCUAGAGCGGUUGUUUCUGGGAAUAUUGAAAUGAUUAGAUCUCUUUUGGAACAUGGAAAACAAGAAUAUCCAUAUAGUGUUGAUAUCAUUAGAUGCAAUGACAUAGAGAUCUACAAACUACUUUAUUUGCAUCGAGUAAGCGAGUUUAAAGCUGAAAUCUUAGAGGUUAUUUUAAGGGAUGUUAGUUUGCCUCUCAUAGAGUUCAUGUAUGAGAAUAGAUCUGACAAAUCAGUAGAUCCUUUUCAAUUCUAUCGAGCAAACCUAUUCUAUAUUCUAAUUGAACAAGACUCUUUCGAUAAGUUACAAUUCUUCAUCAAAGUACGAGAGAGUGUAUGUUAUUAUUCAUUGAUUAUCAAUGCAAUAAGGUUCAAGAGAAGUAAGAUGCUACGUUUUAUAAUCACUUCAAGAAACAACGAAAAUAGAAAAAGAUAUCGAAAUAUCAAAACAGCAGAACGUCUUCGAAACAGUGCAAUCUCUUCACUCCAACAAUAUAGAAGAUGUAGAAUCUAUACCCAAGAGUUAUCAAAUGACAUUCUAAAUGUUGAAAUAAAUAAUAAAUAA